AUUAUUGUUACUGCUAUAUAUGAUACAUAGCCUUCUUAAUUAUGGUCUAUAUCAAAAUAUCACUAAAACGAAAAAUGAAAUCAUAUAUUAUCGAUCAGGUCUAUUUCACAAUAACCAACUACUGGUCAUGGUGGUGGGAUGUCGAUAGCGAAACAGAUAAAAUUUCGCGUACAAUUCUCACCAUAUUGGUUCCAAUACUUGUAUUACUCUGGCACCAAUAUUGGUCCGUGGGAUCACACACCAAAAACCACAAAAUUGCACCCUUGCCACCCGGUCCUUAUGGGUUGCCGGUUUUAGGUUACCUUCCAUUCUUAAGCUCCAACUUACACCAAAGAUUCACCGAGAUGGCUCACAAAUACGGCCCGAUAUUUAGUCUUAGGCUUGGAAGUAAGUUUCACGUUGUGGUGAACUCUAUGGACCUAGCAAAGGUUGUGGCCCGGGAAAUGGACCAGACCUUUGCGAACCGCAGUCCUCCUGUCACCGCGCUAACCAUAACUAAUGGGGCUCAAGAUAUUGCAUGGUCAAAUAACAACUCACAUUGGCGUAACAUGCGUAAAAUUUUGGCUAGCCAAGUUAUGAGCAACGCAAACCUUGAUGCUUGUCAGGGCUUUCGAAUAGAUGCGGUGAGAAAAUCGGUUAGAAAUGUUUAUGCUAGAAUCGGGUCAAAAGUUGAUGUAAAUGAAGUCGCUUUUGAUACAGAACUUGAUGUUGUUAAAAGCAUUUUAUGGGGUUGUAGUAGUAAAUCUAAUGAUCAUGGGAAUAAUGAUUUUGGUGAUGGUUUUCGAGAAGUGGAGUUUAAGAUUAUUGAGUUAUUAGGAGCACCAAAUGUCUCUGAUUUUAUCCCAAUUUUAUCGAUGUUUGAUUUACAAGGAAGGAAGCGAGAAAUGAAGAAGCAACAACUACAUCUUGAGCGGAUUUUGGAUACCGUGAUCAAUGCAAGAAUCCGUGAUAAUUCUAACAUAAAGGAAGGACAAGUUGAGGAAGAUGGAAAAAAGGAUUUUGUGCAGAUCAUGUUGGAGCUUAAAGACCAGAAUCCAGCAUCAUUUAACAUUGUUAAAAUAAAGGCCUUACUAUUCGAUAUAGUGACAGCGACAACAGACACAGCAUCGACGAUGGUGGAAUGGGUUAUGGCCGAAUUAUUAAACAACCCAGAUGUAAAGACAAAGGUCCACGAAGAAAUGACAAAAGUUAUUGGUAUGAACAAUAUUGUUGAAGAAUCACAUCUGCCCAAAUUGACAUACUUGGAUGCAGUGAUCAAGGAGACUUUCAGACUACACCCUCCACUUCCUCUCCUCAUCCAGAGAUGCCCAGAGGAAUCUUGCAUGGUCGGUGGGUACACUAUUCCAAAGGGUACUAUUGUCUAUAUUAAUGUUUGGGCCAUCCAUCGAGAUCCUAAAAAUUGGACCAAUCCGUUGGAGUUCAAGCCAGAGAGAUUUUUAGAUGGAAAAUGGGAUUACAAUGGAAAUAAUCUCAAGUUUUUACCAUUUGGAGUGGGAAGAAGAAUAUGCCCGGGUAUACCCUUAGGGGAGAAGAUGUUAAUGUAUAUAUUAGCGUCGCUUUUGCAUUUUUUCGACUGGAGUUUGCCUAAAGACGUUGAGUUUGAGCUCUCAGACGAGUUUGGAUUUGUGACGAAGAAACGGAAACCUUUAAUAGCUAUACCCUCUAAAAGAUUACAUGAUGAAGCCCUUUACUUAUGAUUUAAAUAGUGUUGUUCAAUUAAUAAGAUUUCCUUGUAAGUGAAUCCUCAAGUCCUUAUAAUCUAGAGUUGUUAA